AUGGCGAGUGAGGACCCGAUAGACUUUGCCUAUACUGCUAUAGCCCAGGUCGCCAACAUCGCGUCUUUACUGGGUGUUGAGUCCAAGCGACCAUUAUGUGGGCGUCUCGGUGCUGAGCUCUUCCUCGUCGCCAAUUACAUCGACACGGCUGGCUUAGACCAGGAGAGGCGACUGCGGCUGCGAAUUUCCAAGCUAUUGCGAGAUGUGGAGGCUAUGUGCAAUUGGCCGAAGGAUAUACCAAGAAAUGGCUACCCUCUCCUUGAAGCGAUAGGAAGGUCACUUCCUGGUGUAACAUCUUAUGAGAAGGCUCGGAAAAGUAUUCGACGAGGACUUGAUCAGCUUACGUCGUGUCCUCGUGACGCCGAAGUGGCCAUUUCUCAUGUUCAAAAAUUCAUUGAGCGCAAUCGCAAGUCAACUAGGCGCGAUGAGAGUGGGGAUCUCAGUUCUAGAAAAAGAUUCGCUCGCCCAGAGCGGUCCGAUCUUGCCAACGAGCUCGCUCAUCGAGUCCUACGGGAGCAAAUGUGCUGUACUUGCCAGAGCAAUGGAGUGCGUAGGCAAAUGGAGAGAGGGCACCUAGUGUGUCUCCUGCUACAGCCACCUUCCCAAUCAGUGGCCAGUAACAAUCUGGCGCAAUUUGAUAUGCUAUUCUCAUCAAAGCCUUUCUGGGACCAGUCACAGCUCACUCACUGGCAAGAUGUUGAGCUGCUUGUGCCAAACGACCAUACCCCUAGCAAAAAGUGCGUCCGAUUUCUGGAUGAAGAUGUUGGAAAUGAUGAUCAGCAUGCCAGCAAAACAACUGCAAAACGAAGGCACCGAACCGACAAAGGUCAAUUCUGCCGUCUGCUCGAUCUAGCAACAGGCUGGCGCCUUUGCCUCUCUAUUGAAGACCAGGAGCUUUAUCAUCGCUUUGGACCUCACAAGCAGGUAGUCGAUCAUACCCCGGGGAUAUCUUUGGCCAAAAUACUCAGCACCUACUAUCUCACAGCACGAAUGAAGCUGGUACUAGCUUAUAUAAUAGCUUACUCAGUCUGGCAGUACUAUGACACAGACUGGAUGCGAACAAGAUGGACAAGCGAGACUAUCCAAUUUAUGAGGGAAAGUAAUAGUUCGGGAGAUGGGGGCCGUGGUAAGCUUUUUACCUGGAAACCAUAUGUAUCAGUGCAUUUCAACGAUGAAGAUCCGCUGUGCUACGAACAAUAUAGGAUUGCUGGGAUGGUCCAUGUCUACCCAAGGAUCAGAGCGCUUGGUAUUAUGCUGGUAGAGAUAGGUCUUGGGUUUCCGCUUCCCAAGCGUGAGGAGCAGGGGAGGCCCUUGGCUGCCGAGGUGAAUACCGAACUGCUCACAGCCAUCAAUUACGCAAGAGAUGAAGAGCACUGGAAGAAUUUUGACUAUCCCGACUAUAAGAGUUCAAUAUGCCACUGUUUGGAGCCCGGCACAUUCGACCAGGCACCUUGUGUUGAGAGUUUAUCUGCCUCUGAACAGAAACAAAACCUCAAGCAGCGGAGAAACAUCUUAUACGAGAAAGUUGUAUUUCCGCUUGAAAACCUCCUACAAGGCACGAAAUGGAUCGACAAUUAUGAAAAGAUAGGCCCGCUCCAUGUACUUUCUCAAGACGCCGCGAUUCAAGAAGCCACUGUACCGGUGAAUUCUGACAAAGGCAAAGCGCCAGAGCGCAGGAGAAAGCGCACUGAAAGUGAGAAAAAUGCUAGCAAUUGGCUAUUAGAUGUAAAGGAGUUUAACAGGGAGCUAGCUCAAGUUGCACCAGCAGCGGGAUUACACGGGUUAUCCCGGCGUGUACGCAUAGCGAUUUUGGACACUGGAUACGACGAUAACGCUCCCUUCUUCUUCUCACCUGAUGUUAUGGAACGUCUUAAAGGCUGGAAAGACUGGGCUGACGGUUCCAUUCAGCCCGAAGAUUGUCAUGGACACGGCACUCAUUUGGUGUCUCUCGUUCUGAAGUGCGCCCCCGAUGCUGAUAUCUAUGUAGCACGCAUUGCCAAAAGGCCCCAACAACUCUUAAGUGCCAGCGAGAAAGUUGCAGAAGCGAUUUCUUGGGCAAGUGAACAAUGGGAAGCCGACCUCAUCUCCAUGUCGUUCGGCUUUGCAGAGGAGCAGCCGUGUAUCAGUGACGCAAUUCGCGAAGCCCUAUACAAACGCAAGGAUUCCAUUCUUUUCUUUGCAGCGGCGUCAAAUUACGGGGCCAAUGACCGAGAAAUGUUCCCUGCCAGACACGAGUCCGUCAUGUCUAUUCGGGCGACGAAUUCAAACGGCCUGUUUGCAGACUUUAACCCCCCUAAGCACGAAGAUGAACCGGUGGUUUUCGGCACCCUUGGCAUAGACGUUCCCUCUGCGUGGCCCAAUUGCGAUGGCGAAGAGUAUAGGUCUGGAACAUCAAUUGCUACGGCCAUAGCGGCCGGCAUAGCAGGGUCUCUUCUGGGAUACAUCAGCUCUCACCCUCCGGAGAAGCCAUUCUACGACGCCAAAACCAGAUUAUUUGUACCUGACGGUACGGGGCUUGAUAGGCAUUCCUGA